GCGCUGCUCCGCUUCCAGUCGUGAGGGAGCUGCUUCGCAGGAUACGGCGUAGCCGGAUGCAUCCGGACGCCGUGACGUGGACGGCCCUCAUCGCCGGGUCUGGCCGGCUGGCUUUGUGGUUGCAGGCCGCAAGACUCUUGAAGAAGAUGCGACGCUGGAGUGUCCGUGCCAAUGCCUACUCUUACAGCGCGGCUAUGGCCGCGUGUCGGCAUCGAGACUGGCAGCUGGCUGUGGAUCUGAUCCGAGAGCUGAAGGUGCAGCACCUCCUCCUCUCCGAAACCGCGGCUCUAACAUCCAUAUCUGCUUGCGAGGCAGAGGGCGGCUGGCCCUCCGCACUUUCGCUUGCGCUGGGUCAACAGCUUCAUGCCACGACGGCGAUGAUUUCAGCAGUAGGAGGCGUAGGCCACUGGACCAAAGCUCUCGUCCUUCUGGAGGCAGCUCGCCGAGCUUUGCUUCGGGAGGACACUACCAGGUGCAACGCCGCGAUGGGAGGGUGCAGCCGGUGCUCCCACUGGGACGAGGCGCUCCGAAUAUUCGAACGGAUGUUGGCAUCCGCAGGGGCCGUGCAGCCAAACGCCGUGUCAAAGAUAUCAGCGUUGAUUGCAUGCGCGAACGGGGGACUCUGGCAAGGUGCCGUGUCAUAUCUUCUCUCCUUGGAGAAGGCAGAGGCCGUGGCCUACUUCGCUGCGGCAGCUGCCUGCGCGAGAGCUCGGGCUUGGCGCUGGGCCCUGGUGAUUGUCGACAGGAUGCUCUCCGACGGCUCAGCCAUUUCGGCGGAAACCUUCCAUGCGGCCAUCAGCGCAUGUGAGAAGGGCGGCGGCCUCUGGCAAUGGGCCCUUCAGCUACUCCGAAGCCUCCGUGGGUCGCGAUUUCUGCCAAGCACGAUCGCGCUGAACUCUGCAUUGAGUUGCUGUGAGAAGGCGGGUCAAUGGCAGCGCGCUUUGCACCUGCUUUCUCUGCUACAGGGAGGCGGAGAUGGUGUGCAGACCGCGGCUGGGUUGGAGGCGGGUGUCAUCGGCUACAACGCGGCCAUCUCUGCCUGUGGUGGUCGUUGGCAACUGGCUGUGAGUGUCCUUGCCUCGCUGUGUGAUGCUGGGAGCACGCCCGAUGCUUUCUCUUUCAAUGCCCUCGUCAGCUCUCACGAUCGGGCUGGCCUCUGGCGUGGUGCUUUGGAGAUGCUUGGGGCCAUGAGAGGACGCCUCUUGGAGGCGGAAACGAUGGGCUUCAAUGCAGCUCUGGGAGCCGGGCGGAGUUCGAAAGGUUGGGCCACGACGCUGCGCCUGCUCUCAGAUGCGGCAGCUCCAGAUCACCGCAGAUGUGAUCUCGGUAAGUAA